GCUGCGGCUGCGUGACUGUGGAGUGUACCCAGGUGAUGGCAGGUUAAGGGAAGUUGUUGUUGAUGAUUUGAAUCAAUUUAAGCCACGUGUUGAUCAGGCAUUGAAGUGGUGGCAGUGUUUCGCUCAGCUGGAGUCGCAGGCUGUCCUGCAAAAGUAGAGCUGGGCAUAGGCAUUCAUUUGAAUGUCACUUGCAUGGCCAUCGCAGCUGUUUAGGCUUGCAAUUCCAUGGCGGUUCCAACAUUAUGAUGUUGGUACCGUGGGUGCUGUUUUAGCAGAGUCGUGGCUGUGUGGCCCACCAAAACAUAAUAUUCAUGCUGGUGCUGCUGUUUUCCUGGCUGCGACUAGUUCCAGCCAAGCAGUGCUUUGCGGAUGGUAUCCCUGAGUUUGGGCGACGCGAACUGGUCAAUGAUGGACAAGUCUAUCCGGUUGGCCUCUUUGUCCUUGACUAUGCGGCACAACACGCCACAGCAGAGUUGGUAAACAUUUUGCUGCAGGAGAAGAUGGGCUAUGUGGUGCAGAAGAUGGUCAACGGUUCAUUGGCUUCUCACGCGUUCUUCGCCUUGGCCGGUUGUGCCAGACCCACCGACUACUCAGAUCGUGGAUGCAGCGAAGAGAGGACCACGCGUGCACAUAUCAGUGUAGAAGGAUGGACUGCAGGUUAUCCAAAGGAAUGGCAGUUGCUUCAGCGAGAUUACCCAUCAGUUGCUCCCAGGAACUUGGGCAGCAUGGGGUACGUUGGAACCACGUCACUCUUUAUUCCAUCACACGUGCAGGAGUUAGCCUACAACGCCGAAGGCUUGUCGCUUGACUUCUACCGCGACUACAACACUUCGUGGAGACAGCCAGCGCAAUUCUUCACCCGGAUUGAAAAGAUCAACAGGUCCAAGCUGAUGGUUUGCGAAGACACUUCCUUGAUGAAUGUGGAGGUGAUUAAGGUGUACCUGGAAAUCACUGGCGAUCAUGAAGGUGUUUCCCAAGGCAAUGAGAGCAUCCGUGGCCGAUGCUUUGACCAACAUUUUUGGUAUGCACCUGCUUGCCGGAGCAAUGCAUCCAGUUGCAUUCUUAGCGUUACUGGGGGCACUGGUUGGGGCAUCAGCGAAAUGCUGCAGAAGGCCACUUUGCUGGGCAUGCCGUUGGCGUGGGCUACAGCCAAUGGCUGGGAGGCAUACACUUCCUUGCCAAUGGACUACGACGCGGUCUUUUAUUGGUGGACACCCGAUCCCACCUUUCUCAGGUUGAAUGCCAAGACCAUCAUUUUCCCUGCGCAUGAUGCGGUUGAGUGGAGCAAAAACAUUCGAGGGACCGCUGCGACACGCGUCCAGAUUGACAAGUAUAUCAGUCAGGACUUGACUGCACUGGCCCCUGAUAUUGAAGAGUUCAUGAAUAAUUACCAAGUGGACAUCCAGCACGUGGAGAAGAUCAUGUUGGACAAGCUGCAGUUUGGGGAAUCAUACUUCGAUGCUGCCUGUCGCUGGCUCCUUGCGAACGGUGAUUGGUGGCGGAAAUGGAUCCCGGACAAGACCAAGUGCUUUGCCCGAUAUGGGCUCUACAAUCCGAAAGAGGAGAAGUUUGUGGACAACCGAGCCAAUCCGAACAACCUCAAGUGUGAGGUUUGCUCCCCUGGCUCCUUCUCCGACACAUUGCAGGAUGACAAUGGCACCACCUUCGUUUGCCGAGAUUGCUAUGCAGGGAGCUACCAGGUCUUUGGCGCGUCAACCAUGUGCAAUGCGUGCCAGACCGGCGAAUAUCAAAAUGAGACGGGCCAGAAUUCCUGUCACAGAUGUGGCUUCGGAGCGUAUCAGGAUGUGAUAGGCCAGAGCAGUUGCAAGUUGUGCCCAGCAGGCACAACAACUACUGGGCUUGGGUCACUGUUCAUCACCGACUGCGGAUGCAUUGAGAAGACGAUCAAUGUGGCAAAAUCCCAGGGCCUUUUCCAGUGUGUGCCAUGCCCGGAGGGCCUGACAUGCCCCUUUGGAUCCACGGUGCAGAGCUUGCAGCAAGGAGAGGCGCCUUUAGGACCUCAAUACGUGCCACAGCUGCUGGAAGGCUAUUGGUCCGACUCCCAGGACCCGGUAUCGAUCUACAAAUGUGAGCCGAGGGCAUCCUGUCCUGGUGGCAAGCCUGGAGAUUGUGCCGGAGGACUUUCGGGCAUCCCCUGUGCCAGAUGCCCUGGUGGUCAGACUUGGGCCGGUAAAGAAUGUGCAGAGUGCAGUGGUGUGACGUUUGUGCUAUGGGCAAUAGUGCCACCACUUUGCCUCGUGUGCUUGCUGAAAUCCUAUGACUUGGUGGAUUCGAAGGCAGAUGGGGAAGCGUCACCCCUCCAGGCAUGUUUGAUUGCGGCUGGCAUUGCCUUCAACGUCAUGCAGACCAUAGCAGUGUUUGGCCUCAUGUCGGUAACAUGGAGCCAAAGCUUAUCAAGUGCAAGCUCCGGUUUUCAGAUCUUCCUCCUGGAUUUGGACCAGCUUGGACUGAAUUGCGUCCUGGGAUCCAACAACGUCACGCGUUUCCUGCUCCGUGUGGCCAUCUUUCCGGUGGCCUCCUUGACCUUGCUGUCUCGCUGGGCCCUUGCCGUCAGGACGCUGCCAUGCCCGCGCUUUCUACCGCAGCGCUGUAGAGUUCAAGUCAAGAAGUGGGUGUUCUUCAAGACCAUGAACUGCAUCGGCAAAUUCCUUCAAGUGGGAUUUGCAACCUUCAGUGCUGUAUCAUUGCAGCCAUUGAUGUGCUAUCACCACCCGAAUGGCUUGCACAGCAUCUUGAAGUAUCCCAGUACAUUCUGCGGUGACAGUGAGCACGUCAUAAUGAUUGUCAUCGGGAUGGUUUUGAUGGCCAUUUUCGUGGUCGGCUUCUUUGCCGCUUGUAGCCUUGCCGCUUGGAAGAUGCCCACCUGGAGCCUGAAGGAGGAUCAUCGCUGGGUACAAUCAUUCACGUUCUUGACUGGCAAGUUCAGACUUGAUACGUGGUGGUUUGGCAUGCUCCUGCUUUUACGAGGCUUUGCCCUCAGUAUUACUGUGGUAUUGGGCACAGAUAGGCCACAAGUGCAGAUUGCACUGGCAAGUCUGGUGAUGUUGCUAUACCUAUGCGCUUUGGUGCGGGUCUGGCCCUGGAAAGCUCGUGUGCUGAACGUCGCAGACACGGCCUUGAGUGCUGGAAUGCUACUGUUGGUCCGGCAAGCCAGUGCAGCGACCCUGACGGGUGAUCAGUUCAAUGAUGUCUUUUCGGCAUUGAUCCUGGUUCUGGUCUCCGGCUCCGCGGUUUUCAUGCUAUUGAUGUGCAUCUUUGCUUUGCUGUUCUCCUGGCGUUAUGGAGAUGGAGGAAGGAGUGUGCUCCAUUUAGGGGCCGACAUCAAUGCCGAGACAAUGUCAAAAGCACUGAAAGAUUGCGCAGCAGGGCUUUUGAAGAUUGAAUCCGCACAGCUGAAAGAGAAGCUGGGCAAGAUCAACACCUAUGACUUGGAAGCUCUUCAGGCCACCAUCACACUGGUAUCCCUCGAGCUGAUCCAAAGCCCAUGGCGCUUCAACUCUCGAGUUGCCUUACAAGCCAUUCGAGGUGAAGCACCAAGCACUGAUGGUUGCCCACAAGUUUGGCUCCCAGAAACCGGCCAGUGAUGACACUGGGACCAUCAGCUUCGUUCAAGGGAGCACCAACUUAGCAGCUUAAGCACCUGCUUCGCGAGGAGCAGCACGUGCCAGUACAGGCACCCCCUGUGCUGAGUGUGCUGCCUGAGCAGACACAGCCCCAUUGUGUGCCAGAGUUCAGCAACCAUGAGGAGAAGUUGGUCAGCUCUGACUCUCAUAAGGCGCAGGAGCCUUCAUUACUGGAGUAGAUUUGUGAGAGCAAUUUGCCACUUGUGGCUCGGGAGAUUUGGCAAUUUCAUGCAAUUUCCUUUAGUCAUGGCCGCUGAAGUCAAUUUUUGCAGUGCAACAUGCGACAACGACGCCUGUUUGCAUGCACAAAGUUCCUUCGUGUUUCCCAUGAGCGGAUGGUGACCCAUCGCGCGAACGGUGAAAUGUAAAUGUUUACCACUUGUAUUUCGUGAACCCCUGAGUGAAGGCUGUGCUGUAGAAUCUGAUGGCCAAGCCACAGACCAUCACAACCCCAGGGGUGCUGUGCCAAUCCUCGAGGAUGCGCAGCGCGCGAUUGGGCACUUGAGCUGUUGGAAGGAGUAGAUCCAUAUCAUUCCAUAUAUAUACAUAUCUACAUAAUUUUAC